GAGAGUGAGCCGAGCUGAGCGUGUGUCAGUGUGUGAGAGACCCCACAGCCAGCAGCAGCCGCCGCCGCCGCCUCUCACCCCACAGCGGACACCAUGCGGGGGGCUCCCGCUCACCUCUACCGCCUCCUGUGCUGGCUCCUCGGCCCGGCGCUCACAGCGCUGCUCUCCCUGACAGGAGUGCCGGUCCGGAGCGGGGACCCCGGCUUCCCCAAAGCCAUGGACAACGUGACGGUGCGACAGGGGGACAGCGCCAUCCUCAGGUGCACAGUGGAUAAUAGAGUCACCCGGGUGGCCUGGCUGAACCGCAGCACCAUAUUAUACACCGGCAAUGACAAGUGGUCCAUAGACAAUCGCGUGAUCCUUGUGGCCAACACCAAGAGCCAGUACAGCAUUGAGAUCCGGAAUGUGGACAUAUAUGAUGAAGGACCUUAUACCUGCUCCGUGCAGACAGACAAUCACCCUAAAACUUCCCGCGUACACCUUAUUGUACAAGUUCCUCCCCAAAUCUUAAACAUCUCUUCAAAUGUUACUGUGAAUGAAGGCAGCACCGUCGUCCUCCACUGUCGGGCCACCGGCAGACCCGACCCCACCGUGACGUGGAAACAUUUUUCUGGCAAAUCCCACAGGUUUGUGAGCGACGAUGAAUAUCUGGAGAUCACGGGAAUCACACGGAAACAGUCCGGACAAUAUGAAUGCAGCGCUAGCAACGAGGUGUCGGCCCCCGUGGUCCGCCGUGUUACAGUCACAGUCAACUACCCGCCGUACAUCUCUGAUACCAUCAACACAGGAGCGUCAGUCGGACAGAAAGGCGCCCUGCGCUGUUCCGCCCUGGCCGUCCCUCUGGCGGAGUUCCAGUGGUAUAAGGAAGACACCAGGUUAUCCAAUGGGCUGGAUGGUGUAAGGAUCGAGAACAAAGACCACAUGUCCGUCCUGACAUUCUUCAAUGUCUCGGAGAAGGAUUAUGGGAAUUACACAUGUGUUGCAUCCAAUAAGCUGGGGAACAGUAACGCCAGUGUCAUAUUGUACGGACCGGGAUCCGUGCCCAACAGAAGCAGCUCGGCCUUAGCUGCCCGGGUCGCCACCUGCCUCUGGUGCUUGAUCCUGUACUCCAUCACCAAGUUUUGAUGAAGCAAGAGACCGUGGAGGUGGGGGCUGUGUAGAGAUGCCUGAAAGGUACAAGUGGAUCCUUCCUCUCCCACCCCACAGCAAAGACUUCAUCCUCAUCCUCCCUCGGGCUUUGCUAUUUCACUGGGUUGAAUCCUUCAUUGAGACAGAUUGACGGUCCCUACAGGCUUAUGUUUCCAGUGUCAUUAAUUUCCUCAGUCACAACGGUCCGGGGGAGCUGCAGCUGAUUUCAUAUUUAGGUGUCUUUGUAAAUCCCUGUGUGAUGCUCGGCAGGUCUUUAUGGAUAUAAGGCGUGAGGAUGCCUAAAAGGUCAGGGUGCAGAAAAGGACAAUGGCCUCCACUGCGUCAAGGCAAUGGACAUCUCCCCUACCCUCAUUGGUGGCUCCUAAAACCAAUCUCCAUCUUUCACUGGGAGCGACACAAAGGGAGACAGAGGCGUUGGGUGAACUUUCUGGACCUACAGGGAAUACUCAAGCUCUAGAAAAGCAGUGGGCUCAGAUAUCUGCCAGCCUAGAGCAAUCUUGUCUAAACUGGGAUCGAACCCCAGCAAACAGCAAUUGUCUUUCUUGUAACAAGAUGAUUAACUCACAGCAAACCAAGCAGCUUUGGAUUCCCCAUCCCGAUCAUUAGAGGACCAUGAAAUUCACCAGUGCACCCGUCUAUGCAGAUGAUGCUUUUCCAUCUAGUCCUAGAAACCCCUCUGACUGUCAGCAAUGGUUCCUCUCUUAGCCCUACCCAGCACCUUGUUUUCCCUCCUUCUGCUAACCCACCACCAUCCUGUUACCCAACAAUGCACCUCCUGGUACAGUAACUCUUUCCGGUAGUAUCUCUGGAGUGAUUCAGUCAUAGAAGUUGUCAUAUCGUAUGCACUAUGUUCCAUUCAUUCGCAGUACAAUAACUAUUAUAUACUUGAGAAAAGAAUCCAGAAACCACAUAGAGGACUUGGGUCGAGAGAGAAGGGGACAAUUGCGUAACCCGGCAAAACAUGACCGAAAGCCUAAUCUCUGGUGGCUCCUUGGCCAGAAGUGGACAGAGAUCCAAAAUGAAAGGACUGUAUACAGGCACAUUCCUAAAUAUCGAUGGUUAUUUUAUCAAGCACAUACAAAGCUAAAGAGAGUGUGGUGAUUAUGUUCCUAUGUGAUAUGAUAUGUGUAGGCGUAUUGGAGGUCCUUAUUAUUGUUUCUCUGGAAGACGACUUGUGUAAAUUAGCGCAAUUCUCCAACACGCACUUAGCCUUGAUGUUCCAGAACCUGCCUCUCAUUCGCACCAUUCCAGAACAGUAAGUAAAACAAAGACAGAAUAGUGCAGAUUAUUGCAGCUGUAUACCCAUGACACAGAGCACCUGCUGCAAGGCCAACCACUUUAGCACUAUACAGAGGAAGGGUGCGAUGCUCUGCAGCACGUUGUCCCAGUUAGUUAUUAUUUCAGCAAUGGUCUGAACUAUAGGAAGGAGCACGUUUGGUGUUUCGUGAAGCAGUUGAGUUUUGGGAUCUUUUACUUUAGCUCUCUUAUAAAUCCUAGAAGGCUGGCGUGUUGAGUCCGUGUUAGACAGCUGAGACACAGCCAGAUUGCUGCAUGUUACACAGCAUUUGUAAACUUUUCUAGGAAAGGACAGUCAGAUGGUUGUAAUCCUGUGAUGUGUCAAUAAAGUCUGAUAUUUGUAA